AUGGCCGCCUUCUUGCCGCCCGUCCCCAUGGACCGCGCGUCGGAGAGCCUGUGGCGGGGCCGGGGCAAGGACCCGCGCGACCUCGAGGCGCUCAUCGGCCGCAUCCUCUCCUACAUCCACCUGGUCCUCCCGGGCCCGCCCGCCUCCCGCCAUGCCCCCGGCCUCUACGCCCUCCUCCCCCACGACCACCUUGACCGCCUCAGCCUCCUCCCCGACGCGCUCCUGCGCAACGUCCUCACCCGCCUCUCCGUCACGGACGCCGCGCGCACCACCGCGCUCUCCCGCCGCUGGCGCGGCCUCUGGCGCUCCGCCCCGCUCGUCCUCGUCGACGCCCACCUCCUCCCGUCCUCGCCCUCGCCCGAGGUGCAGGUGCAGGUGCCGCGGGACGCCGCGCGCUGCGUCACCUCCGCCGUCUCCCGCAUCCUCGCCGCGCAUCCGGGCCCCUUCCGCUGCGUCCACCUCACCACCAGCCACAUGGAGGAGUUCCGGGGCCUGCUCGCGCGCUGGCUGCAGCUCCUCGCCGUCAAGGGCAUCCAGGAGCUCGUCCUCGCCAACCGCCCGUGGCCGUUUGACCUCGACCUCCCCGCCGCCUUCUUCGGCAUGGCCACGCUCACCCGCCUCUACCUCGCCUUCUGGAAGUUCCCGGACACUGCCGGCCUCCCCCGCGCCUCCUCCUUCCCCAACCUCCGCGAGCUCGGCCUCUGUACAGUCGCCAUGGAGAGCCGGCACAUGAACUUCAUCAUCUCCAGGAGCCCCGUGCUGGAGAUCCUGUGCAUCCAAGCCAACUUGCUCAUGGACCGUCUCACCCUCGUCAGCCGCAGCAUCCGGUGCGUGCAGUUAAUCGGGGCCUCCGAUCUGGAAAUCGUCGUGGACGAAGCCCCCAAGCUCGAGCGCCUCAUCAUCUGGGAGUCAUUCACCCGCAAAGGCCCAGGCUCGCACAAGAGGAUCAAGAUCGGUCAUGCACCAGCGCUAAGCAUACUUGGCUACUUGGAGCCGGAAUUGCACACGCUCCAGAUCGGCAACACCACCAUCAAGACUGGGACAAAAGCGAGCCCAAGCACCAUGGUACCAACCGUGAAGAUCCUCGGCUUAAAAGUGCGUUUUGGUGUCCGCAAUGAAGCCAAAAUUCUGCCUUGCUUUUUCAGGUGCUUUCCAAAUGUUGAGAGGCUGCACAUCGAGUCCAAGAAAACUGCCGAGACCACCGGCAAGCUCAACCUCAAGUUCUGGGAGGAGUCCGGUGCCAUCGAAUGCAUCCGUUCACACGUUGACUUGAUGAUCUUUCAGAACUUCCUAGGAGAUCGGUGCGAGCUUUCCUUCCUCAAGUUUUUCCUUGAGAACGCUCGGAUGCUGACGAAGCUGGCGAUUGUGUGUGUCAAUGGAAGCUUCAGCUCGCUGGCUGAGGUAAAUGCCAAAGUGAAGCCUCUGUUCGACACAAAAUGGGCCAGUAACUGCUGUCAACUGCUGCUCUUCGAGAGUGCAUUUGCUGAAGGUCAAGGCCUUCAGAUGCAGAACUUCGAAAGAGGAUCUGACUUCUCUGUGAGGGACCCUUUCGCCGUCAUCGUCAGAGCUUAG